AUGGAACGUGUGGGGAAUCCAACUCAGGAUCAGAAAAAUAUGUUGGUCCACUUCCUACAGCAGCAUCCGGAGUUGGUAUCUGGAAAAUUCAAUAAAGAUUUCACAUAUAAAAUGGGGCAAAAUCUGUGGAAGGAAGUGGCCCAAGAUAUGAAUGCAAUACCAGGUGCAAAAAAAGAUUGGAUGCAAUGGAGAAAAUGCUGGCAAGAUAUGCAAUCACAUGCUAAGAAGAAAAAGGCCAGUAAUAUGCGUAAUGCUUGUAAAACCGGUGGAGGUCCAAGUGAGACACAAACACUGACACCACUUGAGGAUAGUGUUGUUGAUCUGGUUGGUCCAACUUCGAUUAUCGGUGACACGACUGUCAAUGAAUCGGAGACAACUUUUGUUCCAACCUUGGAUGACAGCUAUCUAAUCUUGUUAAGUUUUUUAAACAGGAAUUCAGGCAAAGACAUUUAUGCUGUCAAAAAAUUUUGGCUCAUUGAAUCAUCAUUCAGUACAAAACGAAUUAAAUAUUUAAUAUUUGUAAUAGAGAAUUGCCCUAUUUCACUUAAUUACCAAAAUUUGUAUUAUAUCACAGAGUUUUACGUAAUAAAUAUUCAUACAGACUUCGGCUCUUUACAGGUCUUUGACUGCACUGCCCCAUCUGAUCAGAUUGACGAGUCAUCAAAUUAUGCACACGAAGAAUGGAAUGAUAUUAAUCAUAAUAACGUUGCACAUGAUGAGGUCUACAGAAAACAGCUUGUGACUUCAGUGUUGCAGAAACGUAUCUGCCAACCCACAGCGAGAGAACAAGGCUCAACGAGUACUCACAUUGGUACAAAUGUAGCAGUAGGAUGUAGCAGUAUUUCGAUGGACGACAACAUAGAAUACAUAGCACCUAAAAGGAAAGUUUCUGAAGCAAAGCAGCCUCCUGUAAAGAAGUUAAACACUUCAAUGCGCGAUAAAGAUAACAACCACUCGGCCUCACCUGCUAGUAGACCUGUAUUCUCACGCUCCAGGCCUAUAUCUGCAGCCCGUCGUCUUACCGAAGUUACGAAUUACACGAAAAACCUCAGUUGCAUAUCUGAAAAAGAUUUGGAAGUCCGUAAAAAUUAUUAUGACAGCAAGCUAAAGAUCCGUAAGGAUUAUCAUGAUGCCAAACUGAAGCUUCUGAAAUUAGAUGUUGCCGCGAAACAGCGAAUAGCGAUAGCUAUCGAAAACUUGAAGCAGGACAUACAGAAAAGCACGCAGGAGGACGCGCAGAACAUGCAGGGAAGCAUGCAGGAGGACACGCAGGGCAUCCAGGAUAUUAUGCAGGAGGACCAGCAGGACAUGCAGAAAGAGUAUCUUGAGGAGUAUCUGGAAUAGUUGAAUUAUAAAACUAGUUAUCUGGUUUUAUUCGGACACUCCUCUCAUUAUUAUUAUGUGGGAAAGAGAUACCAAAGUUUUCUAGUCUCCCACAUUCAAAUUUACUGGUAUAUUCAAAUAUUCAUUUUAUUUCGAUUUAUAGUAUAUAUU